GGAGCUGUGGCGAAAUGGACGAAUUUGGAAGUUGCAAAGACGGAAGCACUGCGAGGGCGAGAAAUGUUACGUAAGCAGCGUGGGAAUUCCCAACUUUCCCACUCGUCGUCGCCGCUUCUCAAGAUCAGGUUGGACGCUCCCCAACAGCACCUUGCAAGAAUGCUACGUUUCCUGAGAAGGAAGUCGGGCCCCGUCGCCGCUGCGGAGAAACGCACCGACCCAAACGCCCCCAUCAAGGAACUACGGCGGGCACACCUACGAACGGUCGCUGAGUACUACCUCCGCGUUGCCAUCAACAAAGGCAGCUGGUUGUUCUACGUUGUCGGCGUGAUAUGGCUCCUCUUUCUACCGCAGAGCCAAUUUCAUCAGCGAAACUAUGUCGACGAGAACGCGUUGCUGCCAGGCCAGACGACGAAAUACUUCUCCGCCCUCGAUUAUCAUUUUGUGAAAGAGUAUCGAACGCAUAUUCAGGCGUUAGCCGCGCAGUCGAAGAUAGCUGCCGACUAUGCCUCAUUCAUCGAGGGAGAACUCCGGUCAUUCGGGCUUGACGCGUCAACGCAGGAUUUCGUCCGAUUUGCGAAUCAUGGACCGGUAGACGGAUCGAACGCAUACGGUGUGUUUAGAGCACCACGCAGUGAUGGAACGGAGGCGAUUGUGAUAUCGACACCUUUUGUCGCUCAAGAUGGACGCGUCAAUGCCGGUGGUGUAGCAUAUCUGCUCGCGCUCGCCAAGUUCGUCACAAAGUUUUCGCAUUGGUCCAAGGACUUUGUGUUCGUGGUGACGCAUCCAAGUCCCGUGGGGACCCAGGCAUGGCUGGAGGCGUAUCAUGGCAAGCAGUCCCAAGAGGGGGCAGCGCUGCGAUAUGAUCCACUGGCGGUCCAUAGCGGCGUAAUCCAGGAGGCACUGAAUCUGGAGCUAACGGGGUCGGACGAGUACGCAGCUGUGGAAAUAGAUGUAACGGGACUCAAUGGACAACUCCCAAACGCAGACCUGGUGUCUACGGUUGUUCUGUGCAACAAAUACGAGGGCAUUCCUGUUGCCCUACACCAAGCCGUUGCUCCCGAAAAGUUCGAGAGCGAUUGGAACAGCUAUCUUUUCAAGGCAGACAUUCUGAAGGAAUACGUGAAGGCCCAGGCCGCUGGUCUUCCGCGUGGUAACCAUGCGCUCUACGCAAGAUAUCAUAUUGAGGCGGUCACAUUACGUGGCCUGUCUGACGUACCAGGACGAACAUACCGCAUCAAUGGGGAACAGCUGGGAAGAUCCAUUGAGUCGAUGCUGCGGAGUUUGAACAAUCUCCUCGAAAGACUCCACCACUCCUAUUGGUUCUACCUCAUGCCAACAGCUUCGGCGUACAUUCCCUUAUCAAGGUAUCUUCCACCGGUGGCACUUCUCUCUGUGACAUUGAUAUUAGAGUCUGUUCGUAUGUGGCUUGCAGCGGGCGAACAGCUAACAAAGUGUCCCUCUCCGCCAACCCGUAUACCGGGAACCAAAUACGCCAUGAGAUCCGCUGAACUGUCCACUUUUGAGCGGAUCAAUCGACCGGUCUUUCUACCGAUCGUCACGCUAGCCAUGUGUCAUGCUGCGGGAGCUUUCGCCCUCUACAUGGCGCCGACAAUACGCUUUGUGGCUCAGCAUGGAAACAUCAAUCCUUUAAACAUGAGUGCCGCCAUCCUGGUAGUCACCGCGUGUCUCUACGGCUUCCUCGUCCCCACCCUCCAACGCAUCAUGGAAGGCUCAGGCGCCAGCACCCAGAAAAGUUCCGCAGCAUGGACGAUGGUCAAAUGCUUCGCCUGCAUCGAACUCGGGGCCGCCCUCAUCGCCCUCGCAACCCUCAACCCCUCCCUCUCCAUCCUCCUCGCCCUGCCCUCCGUACCCGCCAUGUACCUCGCGCGCCCGACAUCCAACCACGUCUACUUCUGGGGGCAGCUGGUCGCGCUGUUUGUCGCGUCGCCUGUGGGGCUGUUGGCAGUUAUGGUAUUUGCGGACGGGCUGCAUAGUGCGUUGGAGACGGUACGGUUGGCGGUGGACGGGUAUACGCUGUAUGGGGCGUGGCUUUUGCCGUUUUUGUGUUUGGUGUAUUGGCCGUUGAAUAUGGUUGCGCAUGUGAUUAUAGGCAUGGAGCAGUAGAUGUUCGCUGGUCUGUUCCCCCCUCAAUCGACGAAGCCAGCUCUCUGGACUUGACGUACCUUUUUCGACCUUAUGUAUAUAUACCGAGUUAUUGGUCUGAAACUAAACCAU